AUGGCACUAUUCAAGAAUACUUUGACAAACCUGUCUUUCAAUGUACUCAACAAGAGUAUUGCCACUUUGAGUGCCCUCUCUGAGACACAUCAGAUGCUCCAGAAGACAUGCAGAGAUUUCGCUGAAGGAGAACUCAAACCAAUUGCAGCAAAAACCGAUAAAGAACACUUGUAUCCCAAAAAACAGAUUAAAACAAUGGGGGAACUAGGGUUGAUGGCUGUUAGUGUCCCAGAAGAAUUCGGAGGUACUGGACUUGAUUACUUGGCUUAUGCCAUUGCAGUGGAAGAAAUUUCUAGGGGAUGUGCUAGUGCUGGUGUUAUCAUGUCUGUGAACAAUUCUUUAUAUUUGGGUCCAAUAUUACACUGGGGUACACAGGAACAAAAGGAGAAAUUCAUAACUCCAUUCACAAAGGGUGAUAAAGUCGGGUGUUUUGCCCUAUCUGAACCUGGCAAUGGUUCAGAUGCUGGUGCAGCCAGCACAGUUGCUAAACUAGAUGGGUCUAGUUUUAUUCUGGAUGGUACAAAAUCAUGGAUUACUAAUGGGUAUGAAAGUGAGGCAUCUGUUGUUUUAGCUACAACAGAUAAGAGUUUGAAACAUAAAGGUAUCUCUGCAUUUAUUGUGCCUAAGCCUACUGAAGGCCUAGAGCUUGGAAAGAAAGAAGACAAAUUGGGUAUAAGGGGGUCUUCAACCUGCAAUUUGAUAUUUGAAGGAUGCAAAGUUCCUAAGGAGAAUCUAUUAGGAGAACUUGGUUUGGGAUUCAAGAUUGCCAUGAUGACUUUGGAUGCUGGUAGGAUAGGGAUUGCUGCUCAAGCCUUGGGUAUUGCUCAGGCUUCUCUGGAAGUUGCUGCUGAAUAUUCUUCCAAGAGAUUAGCCUUCGGAAAACCACUCAACAAACUACAGACUAUUCAAAAUAAAUUGGCAGAGAUGGCAUUGAGGUUGGAAUCUGCCAGGCUAUUGACAUGGAGAGCAGCCUGGCUGAAAGACAACAAACAGCCCUACACAAAAGAAGCUGCAAUGAGUAAACUAGCUGCAAGUGAGGCAGCCACUUACCUCUCUCAUCAAUGCAUCCAAAUUCUAGGAGGAAUGGGCUAUGUUUCUGAAAUGCCUGCUGAACGCCAUUAUAGAGAUGCUAGAAUUACGGAAAUAUAUGAGGGAACUUCAGAGAUACAGAGACUGGUCAUUGCUGGAAAUUUAAUGAAAGAAAUGGGGCUCAACUAA